AUGAGCUCUAUUGAUGAGAAGCCUCUUUCAUGGUUCAUCAGACUGAUUCAUGAUACUUGCAUUCAUUUGAAUAAAUCUAUGUUGCUCCUCUGCUUAUUCCACUCUAAUUCUACAAUGAGCUCUAUUGAUGAGAAGCCUCUUUCAUGGUUCAUCAGACUGAUUCAUGAUACUUGCAUUCAUUUGAAUAAAUCUAUGUUGCUCCUCUGCUUAUUCCACUCUAAUUCUACAAUGAGCUCUAUUGAUGAGAAGCCUCUUUCAUGGUUCAUCAGACUGAUUCAUGAUACUUGCAUUCAUUUGAAUAAAUCUAUGUUGCUCCUCUGCUUAUUCCACUCUAAUUCUACAAUGAGCUCUAUUGAUGAGAAGCCUCUUUCAUGGUUCAUCAGACUGAUUCAUGAUACUUGCAUUCAUUUGAAUAAAUCUAUGUUGAUCCUCUGCUUAUUCCACUCUAAUUCUACAAUGAGCUCUAUUGAUGAGAAGCCUCUUUCAUGGUUCAUCAGACUGAUUCAUGAUACUUGCAUUCAUUUGAAUAAAUCUAUGUUGCUCCUCUGCUUAUUCCACUCUAAUUCUACAAUGAGCUCUAUUGAUGAGAAGCCUCUUUCAUGGUUCAUCAGACUGAUUCAUGAUACUUGCAUUCAUUUGAAUAAAUCUAUGUUGCUCCUCUGCUUAUUCCACUCUAAUUCUACAAUGAGCUCUAUUGAUGAGAAGCCUUGUUUCAUGGUUCAUCAGACUGAUUCAUGA